GAGGAGCUGCCCGCGCGCCCGCCGCCACCGCUCGGCUCCACACCCGCCGGCGCAGCCCCGCCACGAGACUCUGACAGCGGCGCGGCCGGCGCGGCUCGGGCGCGCAGAGACAGACGGACCGCGGCGGCGAAGGAGGACGCGGGGAUCGCGGCCCGGCGCCAAGUGCGGGAGGCGCGCGGGGCCGGCGGCGCGCGGAGAUCCCUGAGAAGCAGCUGGGUGCUCGGAAGCCCUUCUCGCCCUGGAGGAGUGGGUGAGCCGGAAGGCAAGAAGGCAUGGCGUGGAGCCUGCCCAGGGCCUGAGGAGGGGCACGAUCCCCAGCCGGUUGGACCCGCAGCCUCCGCGUGGGGGCCGUGCCACCGGGGAGAGUCGAGAAGAAUCGAUGCUUUGGCCCCCGGCGACAUGUACACGGUGUAAUGACAGGAAAUGAGCAGGUUGGCAGAAAAACUGGUGGCCUGAAAUUUAAGACUAAGGCGUCCGUGCUUGGCUCUGGCUGAGAACAUGGCCAAUGGCAUUGACGAGCUCAUCGGCAUUCCCUUCCCCAACCACAGCAGCGAGGUCCUGUGCAGCCUCAACGAGCAGCGGCACGAUGGCCUGCUCUGCGACGUGCUGCUGGUGGUGCAGGAGCAGGAGUACCGCACCCACCGCUCCGUCCUGGCCGCCUGCAGCAAGUACUUCAAGAAGCUGUUCACGGCCGGCACCCUAGCCAGCCAGCCCUACGUGUACGAGAUCGACUUUGUCCAGCCCGAGGCUCUGGCCGCCAUCCUGGAGUUCGCCUACACCUCCACGCUCACCAUCACCGCCAGCAACGUCAAGCACAUCCUCAACGCCGCCCGGAUGCUGGAGAUCCAGUGCAUCGUGAACGUGUGCCUGGAGAUCAUGGAGCCUGGGGGGGACGGGGGGGAGGAGGACGACAAGGAGGACGACGACGACGACGAAGACGACGACGACGAGGAGGACGAGGAGGAGGAAGAGGAGGAGGAAGAGGAGGAUGACGACGAUGACACGGAGGAUUUUGCUGACCAGGAAAACUUGCCUGACCCCCAGGACAUCAACUGCCACCAAAGCCCUUCCAAGACGGACCAUCUCACGGAGAAGGCCUAUUCAGACACACCCAGGGACUUCCCCGAUCCCUUCCAGGCCGGCAGUCCUGGCCAUCUGGGCGUGAUCCGGGACUUCUCCAUCGAAUCUCUGCUGAGGGAGAACCUGUACCCCAAAGCCAACAUCCCCGACAGGAGACCCUCCCUGUCUCCGUUCGCCCCGGACUUCUUCCCACACCUCUGGCCGGGGGACUUCGGUGCCUUCGCCCAGCUGCCCGAGCAGCCCAUGGACAGUGGGCCACUGGAUCUGGUCAUCAAAAACCGGAAGAUCAAGGAGGAGGAGAAGGAGGAGCUGCCCCCACCCCCACCGCCGCCCUUCCCUAGCGACUUCUUCAAGGACAUGUUCCCUGACCUGCCCGGGGGGCCUCUGGGCCCCAUCAAGGCGGAGAACGACUACGGUGCCUAUCUCAACUUCCUGAGUGCCACCCACCUGGGCAGCCUCUUCCCACCCUGGCCGCUGGUGGAGGAGCGAAAGCUGAAGCCCAAGGCCUCUCAGCAGUGCCCCAUCUGCCACAAAGUCAUCAUGGGGGCCGGGAAGCUGCCGCGGCACAUGAGGACCCACACCGGGGAGAAGCCAUACAUGUGCAACAUCUGCGAGGUCCGCUUCACCAGGCAGGACAAGCUGAAGAUCCACAUGCGGAAGCACACGGGGGAGCGGCCCUACCUGUGCAUUCACUGCAACGCCAAGUUCGUGCACAACUACGACCUCAAGAACCACAUGCGCAUCCACACGGGCGUGCGGCCCUACCAGUGCGAGUUCUGCUACAAGAGCUUCACGCGCUCCGACCACCUGCACCGCCACAUCAAGCGCCAGAGCUGCCGCAUGGCGCGGCCCCGGCGCGGCCGCAAGCCCGCCGCCUGGAGGGCCGCCAGCCUGCUGUUCGGGCCGGGCGGCGCGGCCCCCGAGAAGGCGGCCUUCGUGAUGCCGCCCGCGCUGGGCGAGGUGGGCGGCCACCUGGGCGGCGCCGCCGUGUGCCUCCCGGGCCCCAGCCCCGCCAAGCACUUCCUGGCGGCGCCCAAGGGCGCCCUGAGCCUGCAGGAGCUGGAGCGGCAGUUCGAGGAGACGCAGAUGAAGCUGUUCGGGCGCGCCCAGCUGGAGGCCGAGCGGAACGCGGGGGGCCUGCUGGCCUUCGCGCUGGCCGAGAACGUGGCCGCCGCGCGGCCCUACUUCCCGCUGCCCGACCCGUGGGCCGCGGGCCUGGCCGGCCUCCCCGGGCUCGCCGGCCUCAACCACGUGGCCUCCAUGUCUGAAGCCAACAACUAGGCUGGUCCUGGCCCACCCCAGCCCCAGCCCUGUCCCUCUCCCAACAGGCCCACUCUGCCCACCCGGCGGGUCUGAACUUUUUAUUUUAAAAACACAAAGGGAAAAUGAAAAAUAUAUAUCUAUCCACAGCAAGGGCAUUUUCUGGGCCUUCUCAGGCCGCUGCCUCCCUUUUGCUGGUGUCUGAGAUGGGCAUCUCCUUCCGAAGGGCCUGGAGCCUGGGCCCGCCCUCCCUGGCUGUCUCUCCGCCUCUCGCACGGAAACUUGCACCGGCCCAGGCCACCAAGGAGGGCCACACGCUGGGUGCCCGGGGCACUUGGGAGCUGUGUGGGCUAUUGGGUGGUGGGCUGCUUGGCCUGGAGACCAACCUGGUGGAGCAGGGAUGAGGGUGGGCCCUGCCAGCAUGCUCUGAGGGGUUGUUUUCCAGUCCCCAGCAGUCCCAGGGUCCUUUAGAGAAAUGUCACCUGCCACAUAGACAGAAACACCCUGUUGGCAGGGAGGCCUCCCAGAGACAGGGGCCUCCUGACAGUUUCUUCCCUUACCUGUCCUGUGACCUUGGACAUAUCAGACCUCUGCACCUGGGUGUCACCCUGCUAUGAAGGUGGGCUGGUAAUCUAGGUUCGCUCUCCCCACCCCCACACACACAUACACACCCAUCCCCACAAAGAGAACCCUUGGGGAGGAUAGAGCGUUGCACUCCCAAAGUCCCUAGUGCCACAGUUCAUCUUACUGGACUUAGUGUGAUCACGUCCACCUCUGUAUUAGCGUAAUAGCAUAGGUGAGAAAUGCAGCCGAACUAGACAGGAGUGACAGAGGCAGGGGGUGUCAUUGUGUGAUGGUAGCGCACAGGCAGCUCUGGGAACUCCAUGUGCUGCCUGUUUUCUGGGCAGGUCCCCGUUCACAUCUGGACCCCAUCUCCACACGCCCCCUCCAGUGCUGCACAGAGUGUCUUGGGACGCCUGGGGCCAACAUCAAAGGGAUGGGGGCCACCUCUUAACACCUGGCGACUGCCUCUCUUCACCCGAUUCCUGAAAACAGGAAAAACACCCGGCUCCCCAGAGUUUAUGUUUGCUUCUUGAAUUGUGGGUGCCUCCGGGCCUUGGCAUUGCUGGCAAUUGCCCCCCCUGCUGCAUUGGAACCCCCUCGGCUCCUUCCGCCCUGCCCGAGGGUGAAGCGGGAGUGUGCGGUGCGGCUCCCCGUUUGACUGAAGGGCUCAGUGUGGGAGGCUCAAAGGGCUCUGUUAGGACUGACACACGUUCUCCUGGUUCUUGAGUUUGCAGCAGGUCAUGAAAAGGAAGACAGCUCUGCUGGCCUGGUGCCUUCCUGGCCUUCUCUCCCCAUCCCCGCCCUCCCCUGUCCCCCUCUUCCCUCCAGUGCUGAGCUUGCUUUGGUUUCCGCAGAGAGGGCCCAGGGCUAGAGUCCCCAGUCCCCAUACUGUGGCCCCAAGAGACUUCAGCUCUUCCUGUCGCCUUGGCUUUUUCCUGAGCAAACACACAAAGAAACAAAGAGGCCAGGGAAGAGCCCAGACUCUGUCCCUCUCACAGCUCCCCAGAAGACACCCUCCUCAUGCCAGCCGCCAUUUCAGCUUUAGACACUCCGGUCCUUGGAAGUCCUCUGCCUGGGUGGCGGCCACCUCUCAGAUCCCCGUCUCCAUUUCAGACACUUGCCUCUGGGACCCACCAGCCGACGUGCCCGGGUCCCGCCAUCAGCCGAGGGAUUGGGGCUGAACCAAACUUUAAAAGGAAAAAUGAACCAAUUGGAAUCCAGUGGUGUUGGGGCUUUUGUCUUUAUUUUGUAAAGGUAAUGACUUCUUAUAAACUCAAUUUUUCAGAUGACUGGUUAGUUCUUUUUGUUUUCUCUUGCUGCAAUUUGGAGUUGUACAUUGUAAAAUAUCCAAAGAUGUUGAGUACUGUAUGAUCAAGAACUUGAAGCAAAUGGGUUGCGGGGGGAGGAGUGGUUCUGUUUUUAUUUUGUUUCUUUCUUUUUUUUUUUCCUUUUUGAUGUUUCGAUUUCCCUGUCUGUCUGUGGGAGAACUUUGGAAUUUUUUCUAUUUAUGACUCUUUUUUAUGUGAUUGCUCUAUGUAAAAUGACACUCAACAAAGUUUGCCUUAGUGAUUCAAGGGACAAUCUUCCAUAACUUUGGUUGCACGCCGCAUCCCGCCGAGAAAAACUCUCAGCUAAUUUUCUGGCCUAUUUAUUAAACAGUAUUAAUUGACUUGAUUAAAUUAUAUUGAGAGUUGCACUUCUGUGAGAUACGACUCCUGGAAGGUCACAGGACAGCAACAAGCCAAGACGAUCUUAAGGUUUUGCCUAUCGGGUGUCA